UGUGGAAAGAGCUUCAGACAUAGGAGCAGCCUUUAUAUACAUCAAAGGAUCCACACAGGAGAAAAACUAUUUGAAUGCCUGGAGAGUGGAAACAGCUUUACUGUGGGUGAACAUCUUGAAAGGCAUUGUGGAAAGAGCUUCAGACAUAGGAACAGCCUUUAUAUACAUGAAAGGAUCCACUCAGGAGAAAAACCACAUAAAUGCCUGGAGUGUGGAAAGAGCUUCAGUCAGAGGGGACACCUUUAUACCCAUCAAAGGAUCCACUCAGGAGAAAAACCACAUAAAUGCCUGGAGUGUGGAAAGAGCUUCAGUCAGAGGGUACACCUUUAUACCCAUCAAAGUAUCCACUCAGGAGAAAAACCACAUAAAUGCCUGGAGUGUGGAAAGAGCUUCAGUCAGAGGGGCACCCUUUAUACCCAUCAAAGGAUCCACUCAGGAGAAAAACCACAUAAAUGCCCGGAGUGUGGAAAGAGCUUCAGACAUAGGAGCAGCCUUUAUAUACAUCAAAGGAAUCACACAGGAGAAAAACCAUUUGAAUGCCUGGAGUGUGGAAAGAGCUUUACUGUGGGUAAACAUCUUGAAAGGCAUGUAAGAAUCCACACUGGAGAGAAACCACAUAAAUGCCUGGAGUGUGGAAAGAGCUUCAGUCAGAGGGGACACCUUUAUGUACAUCAAAGGAUCCAUUCAGGAGAAAAACUGUAUAAAUGCCUGGAGUGUGAAAUGAGUUUCAGUCAGAGGGGACAACUUUAUGUACAUCAAAGGAUCCAUUCACAUUCAGGAGAAAAACCGCAUAAAUGCCCGGCGUGUGGAAAGAGCUUCAGACAUAGGAGCAGCCUUUAUGUACAUGAAAGGAUCCACACAGGAGAAAAAACGCAUAAAUGCCUGGAUUGUGGAAAGAGUUUCAAUCAGAGGAGCAAGCUUUAUGUACAUCAAAGGAUCCACACAGGAGAAAAACCGCAUAAAUGCCUGGAGUGUGGAAAGAGUUUCAAUCAGAGGAGCAGCCUUUAUGUACAUCAAAGGAUCCAUUCAGGAGAAAAACCGCAUAAAUGCCUAGAGUGUGGAAAGAGUUUCAAUCAGAGGAGCAAGCUUUAUGUACAUCAAAGGAUCCACACAGGAGAAAAACCGCAUAAAUGCAUGGAGUGUGGAAAGAGUUUCAAUCAGAGGAGCAGCCUUUAUGUACAUCAAAGGAUCCAUUCAGGAGAAAAACCGCAUAAAUGCCUAGAGUGUGGAAAGAGUUUCAAUCAGAGGAGCAGCCUUUAUGUACAUCAAAGGAUCCAUACAGGAGAAAAACUACAUAAAUGCCUGGUGUGUGGGAAGAGCUUCAAAAAAAAGCCCUGCCUUUAUGUACAUCAAAGGAUCCAUUCAGAAGAAAAACCGUAUAAAUGCCUGGAGUGUGGAAAGAGUUUCAAUCGGAGGGAUCCCCUUUAUGAGAAACCCUAUAAAUGCCUGGAAUGUGGAAGGAGCUUCAAUAAGGCAGGAACUCUGUGUAAUCAAAGGAUCCACAGAGGAGAAAAUCCAUAUGUCUGGAGUUUGGAAGAAUCUGAGGGGCCCAAACCGGGCACAGAUGAAUUCUUUGAAAAUGUGCAUACCUCCCAAAGCGAAAAGCAUGUGGCCGAACGGGGUCCGGCUGUCAUCUACGAAGAAGAUCCGCUUCAUGUACAAGGAGAGGAACUGGCCAUAGAAAACUUCAUCAAAUAUAAAUGCCUGGAGUGUGGAAAGAGCUUCAGAGAGAAACCAUAUAAAUGCCUGGAGCGUGGAAAGAGUUUCUGUGGGAAGGGAAGUCUUUAUCAGUAUCAGUCCACUCGGGAGAAAAACAAUACAAAUACCUUGAGUGUGGAAAGAGCUUUAUUCGAAAAGCAUGUGGCCGAACGGGGCCCCACUGUCAUCUACGAAGAAGAUCCGCUUCAUGUACAAGGAGAGGAACUGGCCAUAGAAAACUUCAUCAAAGCUGGAAUAAAACAAUACAGUACCUGUGGAAAGAGCUUUAGUGUUAGGAGCAACCUUUAUGUACAUCAAAGGAUCCACAUAGGAGAAAAACUACAUAAAUGCCUGGAGUGUGGAAAGAGUUUCAGUCAGAGGAACAGAGAAAAACCGUUUAAAUGCUCACAGUGCGAAAAGAACUUCAGUCGGAGGGGCACCCUGUAUAGACAUCAAAAGAUACACUCAGGUGAAAAACCUUAUAAAUGCCGGGAGUGUGGAAAAAGCUUUGAUCGGGGGUUCAGGCUUUAUUGUGGAAAGCGCUUCAGUCAGAGGGGCACCCUGUAUAGACAUCAAAAGAUCCACUCAGGUGAAAAACCUUAUAAAUGCCUGGAGUGUGGAAAAAGCUUCAGUGGAAGGAACAGUCUUUAUGAGAAACCCUAUGAAUGCCUGGAAUGUGGGAGGAGCUUCAGCAGGGCAGGAAUUCUGUGUAAUCAAAGGAUCCACAGAGGAGAAAAUCCAUAUGUCUGGAGUUUGGAAG